AAGCGCCAUCUUCAAUCCGGUCAGUCCGCCGCGAACUACCGUGGGGGAAACGUUGUUGUUGCAACGAUUCACGCAAUUUAUCUACACCGGACCAAACCGUACCGGUAUUUACUAUUAUAAACAUAAAUUAGCCAUUAAAUUUAAAAAUUAGUGUCAAGUUAAUUGAUGAAGUGCUAGACUUAAUUCUUCGUUCGCGAAUAUAGUGCUACCUGUGAUUUGAUCUCGCGAUCUCCGUGGCUGCAUUUCUUUGGUGGUGUGAGUUUGCUGAAGUGUAAAAAGGUUUAAAACAUGAACGGCCACAGCAACGGUGACUUGGGUAGCGCGGGAGAUAUCAUCACCCAGAACCAGCAGCGCGGCUGGUGGACCAUCGGUCUCAUCAACUCUCGGUACCGGUACCUCACCGCCGAGACCUUCGGCUUCAAGAUCAACGCCAAUGGCACCAGCCUCAAGAAGAAGCAGAUCUGGACCUUGGAACCUGCUUCAGGGAAUGCUAACGACAGCAUGAUCUACCUCCGGUCUCACUUGGACAAAUACCUGGCGGUGGACUCCUUCGGGAACGUCACCUGCGAGUCUGAGGAGAAGGAGCCAGGCAGCAAGUUCCACAUCAGUGUGUCGGAUGACAACAGCGGGCGCUGGGCGCUGCGUAACGUGGAGCGCGGCUACUUCCUGGGCUCCAGCUCCGACAAGCUGACCUGCACCGCCAAGGUGCCCGGAGACGCCGAGCUCUGGCACGUGCACCUCGCUGCCAGGCCGCAGGUGAACCUCCGCUCCAUCGGGCGCAAGCGGUUCGCGCACCUGUCGGAGUCCCUGGACGAGAUCCACGUGGACGCCAACGUGCCCUGGGGCGAGGACACGCUCUUCACGCUGGAGUUCCGCGCAGACGAGGGCGGCAAGUACGCGCUGCACACCUGCAACAACAAGUACUUGAGCGCUGGCGGCAAGCUGCAAGAGCAGUGCACGUCGACGUGCCUGUUCAGCGCGGAGUACCACGCGGGCGCGCUGGCGCUGCGCGACGGCGCCGGCGCUUACCUCGCGCCCAUCGGCUCCAAGGCCGUGCUGAAGACGCGCUCCACCGCCGUCACCAGGGACGAGCUGUUCUCACUCGAGGACAGUCUCCCGCAAGCUGCCUUUGUUGCGGCGCUCAAUGAGAAAUACGUGUCCGUUAAGCAAGGUGUGGACGUGACGGCGAACCAGGACGAGAUCUCGUCGCACGAGACGUUCCAGCUGGAGUUCGACUGGGCCACGCGGCGCUGGUACAUCCGCACCAUGCAGGACCGCUACUGGACGCUCGAGACCGGCGGCGGCAUCCAGGCCUCCGGGGACAACAAGUCUUCCAACGCAUUGUUCGAGCUGGAGUGGCAGGGCGACGGCGCCGUGGCCUUCCGCGCCAACAACGGCAAGUACCUGAUGACCAAGCGCUCCGGACACCUGUACGCCAACGCUGACGCCAUCGACGACAACUGCAAAUAUUACUUCUAUCUUAUCAACAGGCCUAUUCUGGUGCUGAAGUGUGAGCAAGGCUUCGUGGGCCCCAAGGGCGUGCGGCUGGAGUGCAACAAGGCCAACUACGAGACCAUCCAGGUCAUCCGCGGACCUAAGGGAGCCGUUUACUUCAAGGGACAAAACGGCAAGUACUGGCACGCGGACAGCGAGAGCGUGACGUGUGACGCAGACUCCCCGCAGGGCUUCCACCUGGAGCUGCGCGAGCCCACGCGCCUGGCCAUCCGCGCCGCCGCCGCCAAGGCCUACCUCGCCGCCGCCAAGAACGGCAACUUCCGCCUGGCCGGGCCCGACCUCGCCUCCGCCACGCACUGGGAGUACUGAACACUCCCCGCACUCGCCGCUACGCCCAUCCCGCUACACCACUUUCGUUGCUUGAGUCCUCGGAGAGAUCGACGCCGUUAAGAAAUAUCAACCGUUUAUUAUUGCCUGAAGAUUUGCCUAAAUGUGUUUAUUUGAACUUUUUGAUACAAUUUACAAACUGCAUUUAAAUGAUAUUGUAAUAACAGCAGUGCUGUCAACAGUUUGAUUUAUACAAUCACUGCUACCAUUGACCGAAAAUCAAACAUUACAAUUUUUAUGUCUGAAUGAUCUCUCAAACAACUCCUAUUCGCAAUACUCUACAUCAUCAUCAUCAUCAUCAUCGUUAUCGCACGUCCAUUGUUCACGAGCGCAGCGUUUGCUGCUGAUGCCUGUUUGGCGUGGGACUUAAUACAUCCAAAAUGUCAUCAUAGAGGGCGCGCGCUGCCGACCGACACCACUUUAGUCACCCCCUUUAGCCGCCAUCUUGUCAGAAUGGUGGCGACGAACGACCCACUCGGCUGAUUCUGAGACAGAAUCCGCUGCCAAUGGUUAAAAAAAUUAUAAUAAAAUGAGAAUGUUAGUCAAUGUCAAUGCAUUGAUGUUACACAUUUCGUACCAAAAAAAAUAUGAUUUAACUAAGAUGGGUCGGUGGCAGGCGGCGCCCUGUUUUGCAUUUAGUACUAUUAAGAUGAUAGUAUCGCGCGACGGAGCGCGAAUGUGAUCAUAUUGAAAUAUCGCUUCACCUUAUAUUAUUGUAAUCAUAGAUUAUUUUAUUAUAACUAGAUCUGCCGUCACGUCGCUUCUGUCGAAUUAUUUUAAGAUUUAAUAUUUUGUGACCGUCACUCGUAUCGCUUGAAUUAUUUAUUCUAGAUUGUAUGGUAUAUAAAUUUAGUAUGAAAGACAUUAUUCUGAAAAUUUUUCGAAAAAUAUUUAUUGGAUAUUGUAGUGUCUAGUCGAUGGUUUUUAUACAAUUUUUUAUCAGCCCCCAAUACUGUAACGCCGUCGUAUCCUGUAGGUUAGUGAAAAUGUUAACAUCGUGAGACUGAUGCCUACAAACAGCACAUCGCUACACCAACACUGUACCGUAAUUAAUUUAAGUUAAACAGGGAUUGACGCAAUACCAGACGACGCGGGCCUCGCCUGCCAGUGUACCGGUACAUUGCUCAACAUAAGUCUGGCAAUAUUAACUCUGCAUGACGAUUUAAUAUACUAAAUAACUGAACAAAUAACUCCACUUUUGUAAAGCAUUACACUACAGAUUGUGUAAUUUACAAUAUAUUUAUUUUUUAACCAUAUACAUACGUUAGGCAUAAGUUAUGCACAGUUAAUGUGACAGACUCGAAACUGAUCUACACAAAGGCGACUUGUUGGUAACCCCAGCCAGCCGCGACAGCUCGCUACUCCCGCUCGCCGGCCAGUAGCGACGCUCGCGCCGCAGGUCGCCCGUGUGUAGGAUGUACUCGCACUGAGUCUGGCUUCUAAUUAAUGAACAUGUAAGGUAGGUAAGUUAUUGUAAGUUAUCACGUUAGGGUAAGCUUGAUCCGCUUCCAACUAUAUAAUCGUCCAUUCCAUGCUUUUAGAAUUACGACAUGGGAUUAAAAACCAUUUUUUUAUUUUUACAUGAAAACGGAGAUUUUUGUAACUGGUGCAUAGUCUUGUAUAUAUACGAUUUCCAACCGCGUAUUCAGUGUGUACUUAUGACAUUGUUUGGGAAGCGUUGACUCUUUUAUAAUGAACAAAAUGAGAAGUUUUUUUUUUAUAUUGAGGGUAUUUUGUAUUCAAUGCUGAUUCUGAAAUAUUUGUACGAUAACGUCUUUGUAAACUAUUAAUGAAUAAAUUAUAAUCAUAUUGUA